AGUAUUCUCUUCCAGAUAUCGACAAGAACUGAAUGCGUCCAAUGCGAGUAUGCGACGACCAAAUGCCCAUACGCCAGCACUGGCAAUAGGAAAGUAGCUAACUCGAACGAUUGCACUGGAACAGUACAAGCUCGGUCAGAAGAAACUCAGAAUAGCUUGAGCUGCAACCAUGGAGCUCACGGCCUGGCCACCGCUCCUUUUGCUCAUCACCCUCUCGCUCUCGCUCGCAGCUUCGCUCCUCUUCUUGCUCAGCAGCCGCCACGGCGUCGAGAAGAAGGCCACCGGUAAGGAGCUCCCCCCAGGCCCGCCGGCGCUGCUCUUCCUGGCCAAGUUCCUAGCGCUCCGGCAAUCCAUCUUCCACCUUGAGCCGCUCCUCCGCGAGCUGCACGACCGCUACGGCCCCGUCAUCUCCAUCCGCCUCUUCCGCGCGCUCAUCUUCGUCUCCGACCGCCGCCUCGCCCACCGCGUCCUCGUCCAGGGCGGCUCCACCUUCGCCGACCGCCCGAGGCUCUUCGAGCCGGGCCUCCUCUUCACCUCCGGCUCCCGCAACAUCAACGCCGCGCCCUACGGGCCUUACUGGCGCCUCGUCCGCCGCAACCUCGCCUCCGAAGCGCUGCACCCGGCCUGCGUCAGCCAGUUCGCGCCCGCGAGGCGGCGGAUGCGCGACGUGCUCGUCCGCGACCUCCGCGCGCGCGGCGCCGGCGGCGACCCCGUCGAGGUGAGGACGCCGUUCCGGAACGCCAUGUUCGACCUGCUGGUGUACAUGAGCCUCGGCGCCAGGCUCGCCCCGGAGGUGCUCGACGAGAUGCAGGAGAUGCAGCUGUGGGUCGUCCGCACCAUCACCGGCUUCCCCAUCUUUUCCUUCUUCCCGGCGCUCACCAAGAGGCUCUUCCGCAAGCGAUGGGAAGCGCACCUUGCCGUCCGCCGGAGGCAGGACGAGAUCUUGCUCCCGCUGAUCGAAGCAAGGCGCUCAGUUUCCGUGCCCCGCGGCGCCGAUGACCCUCCGUGCUACGCCGACUCGCUCCUAGCGCUGCGCGUGGCCGACGAAGGCGGCCGCCCGCUCACGGACUCUGAGCUCGUCAGUCUCUGCUCCGAGUUCUUGAGCGGUGGCACGGACAGCACGGUGACCUCGCUGGAAUGGAUCAUGGGGGAGCUGGUGAACCAUCCGGACAUGCAGGCCAAGGUCUACGAAGAGGUCAGGAGCAAGCCGGAGCUCAGCGAAGGCGACCUGCAGGGGAUGCCGUACCUGAAGGCCGUCGUCCUCGAGGGGCUGCGGCUCCACCCGCCGGCUCACUUCCUCCUCCCUCACGGCGUACAGAGCGACACGGAAAUCGGCGGCUACAGGGUCCCCAAGGGCGCGGAGGUCAACUUCCUGGUCGCCGAGUUCGGGCGCGACGAGACGGUGUGGGCGGCGGCGCGCGAGUUCCGACCGGAGCGGUUCCUGGACGGCGGCGAGGGGUGCGGCGUGGACAUCACGGGGAGCAGGGAGAUCAAGAUGAUGCCCUUCGGAGCGGGCCGCAGGAUGUGCCCGGGAUACACGCUCGCCAUGCUGCACUUGGAGUUCUUCGUCGGGAGCCUCGUGAGGGAGCUGGAGUGGCUGCCGGCGGCGGACGGGGAGGAGGUGGACAUGACCGAGGUGCUGGAUUUCACCACACUCAUGAAUAAUCCCCUCCGUGUUCGCGCCAUCCCAAGGACUUGAAGCUACGUCUCAUCCAUGCUGCUCAGCGUCAGAGUCAACUCUGAACUCUUAAGAAAAUAAAAAUAAAAAAAAGUCCAUGAUGCGGUGUCUAUAGUUAAAUUCGAAAAUUGUAAUUACGCAACAUAUCUAUAUUGGAUUUGCUAUUCCUUAAA